AGCCACUUUUCCCGGAUGGAGCGUGUUAGUUUGGGAAGGAGGGAGUACAGAAGUGGGAGGAGCCUAACUGAGCCUUGUGUGAUUGGUCGUCACUCUGGCGUGAACUUACUCCUGUGGAAGAAAAAGUCACUCGUCAAUGAACACAACAUGGCCAUGGAGCAGAUCAAAAACUGCUGCAGGACGCUGACUAAGAGUCUGGGCAAGGAUCAAGAACCUCCAGGCAUCGCCUUCCAGAUCCCCGUCACCAAAGACUACCUGCAGUCCAAACUGCCCCAUGACGGCAGGGAGGUGCCCUUUGUCCUGCCCACCCUGCACGCCACCUACGUGCAGCCUGGCGCCAACCUCCGCUACGGCCUGCCAGGUCCGGUCCGCUGCACGUACGCUCAGAGGAAGACCGAGCUGCAGCACGACGUCGGGCCCUUCGGGUACAGCUCCGAGUCCGACCUGCUGGUGGGUCGCCGCCGCGAGGGGGACAUCGGCAGGAGGAAACGCUCCACAGAUGUUCCUCAGGAGUUGAGCACGUCCAUGUUUGAGCUGAGCAGCCUUGACAGUCCUCUGAUGCAGAGCUCGGAGUCCACGUCCAGCAUGGUCAGCACGCCGUCCUCCGCCGUGGACUCCUUUCAAAGCAGCACAGAGUGUGUGCCUCGGACGGACGGCGACGUGUGCAGGCUGUGUGUGCGACUUAGCUACCAGGAGGAGACGGAACAGGUGUGGAUCACGUUGGUGCAGUGUUCAGAACUCAAGCUUCCAAAGGGCGGAACGCCAAGGCCAAAGAUCCGGAUCCGAGGAAUCAUCAGCAUUCCCAAAGCUGUGCACUUCAAGAGCUCCGUCAAAGAAUACUGUCAGCACGCAUCCUUCAUGGAGACCUUCGUGUUUGCGCUGAGCCUCCAGACGCUGCGAAGUAGCGCUCUGGUCCUCCGGCUGCAGACGUGCGUCCUCCAAAAACGCACGGUGGCCGAGGGCGCCAUCUCGCUACGGCAGCUCGGGCCCCAGGAGACUGAACACUGGCUGCACCUGAGAGCUCCGCGCAAGUCCUCUGUGGUUUUGUUGCAGGUGAGCGGCUGCGAGCUGCACGUUCUCACCUGCUUCCAGCCCGCCUGCAGACGCAUGCAAGUCCAAGUCCUCGCCGGCCAAAACCUGCCGCCGUGUUUGGCGCUCCUCCGCCCAGCUUUCGUGGUCACGGCCGAGCUUCAGCAGGUGGAUGGUCAGGUGACCAGGAAGAAGACGCGAGCCCUCAAGGCCGCGGAGGGGCGGUGCCAGUGGGCGGAGACUCUUCACUUCCCCAUGGCCGCUCUAGACCCCGCCUGCUCGCUGGCCAUCAAACUCUACUGCAGAUCCCUCAACAGGAACACCUGUUUGGGACAGGUCCUGCUGGGACUGCACAGUUCCACCCCAGAAGCUGUGGAGCAGUGGAAGGACACCAUGGAGCAUCCUGAGAAGGUGGUGUCGGCGUGGCACCACGUCACCUAACAUGUCACCCACCCGCCCACCUACUGUACGAUGUCAGCUAACACGGGAGCUGAGAAGCAGACUAGACAUUUCAGCAAGAUUCCACGCGAGCUCGGAGAGAAAAGAUUGAGAAGUAGUAUUACUCACUUUUUAGCUAACUUGUUGUGGAAAUAAGCACUUUUUUUAAUGAACUGUUUCCUAUUUAAGAUGGAUGGAUUCAAUAAAUGACUCAUUCAGUUUGUGUAUUGAUCAACGUGGAAGAAGCCACGCCCCUUCAGGGAAGCGUGAGUCAUGCAGCCAUAAAGGGAGCGGGACAUUAUUACACUGGUUGUGGUGAAAUAGGUCAACAGGUGUAAGGUGGCGUGUUGAUUCUGAAAAACUUCCCGCCCCCCUGUGGAGAACAUCCUGUGUUCGUUCCAUAAACGCCACAAUUUCAGUCCAUUUCAACCUCGUUUUACAUCUUUUUUUUUUCUUCCCCUUUUCAUUGCCGCACUUUGACAAUAAAAGCUUGGAAAAAUGGGCGCCGAUCAUUUGGUUGUAAAAGUGUGAGGCGUCAAACACGGCUGAAAGUUUCCACGCUGAAUAAAGGCCAAACGCGUCUUUGUGUAAGCCAGGGGUGUCCAAAGUGCGGCCCG